AUGAGAGGCUGGUCCUGGUGCCCUUCGGGCUUCCUCGGCGGCGCCCUGGGCCCGAGGACCGACCAGGUUUGGUCCCGCGGCGUCCAGAACCCCGGGCCCGCCAGCGAACGGGGGAACAGCGCUGGACCCAUGGCGCCGCCCGGGGCCCAGCGCCUCGCCGGCGAGCAGGGGGAGGCCCACCCAGAGCGAGGGAAGCCGGGCGCCUUGAGCUUCGCAGACGUGGCCGUGUACUUCUCUUCGGAGGAGUGGGGCUGUCUGCGGCCAGCCCAGAGGGCCCUGUACCGGGACGUGAUGCGGGAGACCUACGGCCACCUGGGCGCACUCGGAUUCGCAGGCCCCAAGCCCGCCCUCAUCUCCUGGAUGGAGAGAAAGAAGGAGGCGUGGAGCCCGGAGGCCGAGGAUCCCGAGGACAGGGCGAGGCACCCAGGAUAUGGGAUAGAAAGCAAGAAAAAGAAAUAUGAACCAAGCAGCAGAAUCAGGGCCAAGGAGCUGGAGGACCCCCCUGUGAAGAACGGGCCACUGAUGAAGGCCAGGCUGGUUCCUGGUUUUAGAGACUGCAGCCAUUCAUUGCCUCAGGUCUCCUCUGACACGGGACACCAGUGCACCGAGACUCCCAAGAGGCCCUACCCCUGCCUGGAAUGCAGCCGUUCUUUCAGCUACCCCUCCCUCCUAGCCAGCCACCAGCGGGUCCACUCUGGGGAGCGGCCCUUUCCCUGUGACCAGUGUGGACGCUGCUUCCGCCAAAGAGGCAAUCUGGCUGUUCAUAUGCGCAUACAUACGGGGGAGAAGCCCUUCUCCUGCCCAGACUGUGGGAGGCUCUUUGCCUACCCCUCGAUGCUGGUCAGACAUCGGCGAAUCCACUCUGGAGACCGUCCAUAUGUCUGUGGGCCUUGUGGGGUUCAGUUCUCCCAGAGGGCUCACCUGGUCCAGCACCAGCUGCUUCAUACAGGGGACAAGCCUUAUUCAUGUCCGGAUUGUGGCCGCUGCUUCCGCCAGACGGGGGCCCUGGCCAUCCACAGACACAGACAUGGUGGGGAGAAGCCAUAUGUGUGUACUGAGUGUGGGCGCCACUUUACACAUCCUUCGCUCUUGGCUAUCCACCAGCGCACCCACACGAGGAAGAAGCCCCAUAUCUGUUCUGACUGUGGUCGGGGCUUUGCCUACCCCUCCCUCCUGACCAAUCACCAGCGGGUCCACUCUGGUGAGCGCCCCUACCCUUGUGCCCAUUGCGGUGCCCGUUUUGCCCAGCAAAAUAACCUGCUUCAGCAUCAGCUCAUUCACACAGGCGAAAAGCCCUAUGAGUGCCCUGAUUGUGGCCGCUGCUUCCGGCAGAGUGGCUCUCUGGCUAUCCAUAGGCGCACACAUACAGGGGAGAAGCCCUACUCCUGCCCUGAGUGUGGGCACCAAUUUACCUCUUCGUGUGUCCUCAACAGUCACAGGCGUGUCCAUUCUGUUGAGAGGCCCUUCCCCUGUUCCCAGUGUGGGAAAACCUUUAAACGAAAGAGUGCCCUGGAAGCCCACCAAUGGAUCCAUCGCACACGCAGGACAAGUCAGAGGGGCGCCGGACCUCUGUUACAACCUCCAGCCCGAGCUUCUGUCCCUGAGGGUCAGGAACCGUCAGUACACUUCCGGCAUUUUCCUGAUAUGUUUCAGUAGUGCGAGUGUCUGAGUUCAGUAGCGUGAACGAGCGAGUGUUUUAAGAUUCUCUCUGAUCAAGUGUUGGGAAGGAGGUGCACAGAGGGCAUAGGAGGGGUAGGAGAAGGGAGGAAAAGGGAAUCAAUCAAAAAGGAGAUAGUGGGGGCUGAGCCACAUCUAGAGUCUGUGAGUGACCUGGAGCUGAGAGGGAGGACAUCCAGAGGGAAGCACCAUCCAGGAAAAGCAUGAGUGUCCUCCAAUCCACUCCCAGCACCAACUGCUGACCUCUGAGCUUUCAGCUCCCAGUUUUCCCUAACUCUAGAACUCAGGAGUUCAAAUCUUAAUUUGGACCAGAAGCCAAAAUGGAAGAGGAGGAUCAUAGGCUUUGAGCCAGUUUAUCCCAUGUUCAACCUUGGUGCAUCUUGCGUCAUCAACAUCUUUCUAUAAAAUAAGUACAUGAAUCCGGCCCCCAAGGUGGUUGUGAGGAUUAAAUAACAUAUAUUCAGUUAAAACUGUCUAGUACAAUACUUUUUGCUGUAUAUAUCCUCCCAAGCUUUGCAGGUAGAGUUGUUUGAAUAUUGUCUAAUCAUCCCUGCUGAA